ACGAGGGGGCGGGGGGGGGGUUGGACUGCGGCCCCUUUAAGCGUAGGCCCCGCCUCCACCCCUCCCCCGCCCAGCCUGCGCUUAGCUCCAGCCGCUGCCGCCAUCAUGAUCUGUUUGGUGCUGACCAUCUUCGCUAACCUCUUCCCAGCGGCCUACUCCGGUGUGCAUGAGCGCACCUUCCUGGCCGUGAAGCCCGACGGCGUGCAGCGGAGGCUCGUAGGCGAGAUUGUGCGGCGCUUCGAGAGGAAGGGCUUCAAGCUGGUGGCUCUGAAGCUGGUGCAGGUGAACUCGGAGGCGGGGGUUCGAAGGAGGGUGCAGGGCGGGACAGGUGGGCGCGGGAGAGGGCGGUGCCUCGGAGCGGACCCCCUCCCUCUCCAGGCCUCGGAGGAGCUGCUGCGAGAGCACUACGCCGAGCUGCGCGAGCGCCCCUUCUACAACCGCCUCGUCAAGUACAUGGGCUCAGGGCCGGUAGUGGCCAUGGUGUGGCAGGGGCUGGACGUUGUGAGCACCUCUCGGGCGCUAAUCGGGGCCACAGAUCCAGCGAACGCCCUGCCCGGCACUGUCCGCGGAGAUUUCUGUAUCGAGGUCGGCAAGAACGUGAUUCAUGGCAGUGACUCCGUGGAGAGCGCCCGCCGUGAGAUCGCACUCUGGUUCCACCCUAACGAGCUCCUCUGCUGGGAGGACAGCACCGAGCACUGGCUGUAUGAGUAAUGGGGCAGCGGGGCUGGUCCUCCUCAGGCGAGAGACAACCCAACCCCAGGUGCCCAGGGCCUCUUGGGAUAGACCUGCUGCUAUAAGUUGGGGGUUCACAGUGCUCCUCUAGGAUCUCCAACAGGGGAGGUGGGUCUCCCCAAGCCCAGCAUGCCUGGAAAUGCACCAGGAUGGGGACCCUGGCACUCAGCUUGGUCCAGUGUUUCUUUUUAUAAUAAACUGAAGAAAAUCUAGA